AUGAACCGCAAGAAGCUGCAGAAGUUGACGGACACCUUAAUUAAAAAUUGCAAGCACUUUAAUAAAUUUGAAGUAAACUGUCUUAUAAAUCUUUUUUAUAAUUUGGUGGGAGAAGUAACAGAGCGGCAAGGUACCACCAUUGGGCUAGAUCGUAAUGCAUUUCGAAACAUCCUGCACGUGACAUUUGGAAUGACAGAUGACAUGAUUAUGGACAGAGUAUUCCGAGGUUUUGAUAAGGACAACGAUGGCUGUGUAAACGUAUCAGAGUGGAUUUAUGGAUUAUCAGUAUUUCUUCGAGGAACUUUGGAAGAAAAAAUGAAAUAUUGCUUUGAGGUGUUUGAUUUGAAUGGUGAUGGAUUCAUUUCAAAGGAGGAAAUGUUCCAUAUGUUGAAGAACAGCCUACUCAAACAGCCAUCUGAAGAAGACCCUGAUGAAGGAAUUAAAGAUUUGGUUGAAAUAACACUUAAAAAAAUGGACCAUGACCAUGAUGGGAAGCUGUCUUUCACAGACUAUGAACAGGCUGUAAGAGAAGAGACCCUUCUACUAGAAGCUUUUGGACCAUGUCUUCCUGAUCCAAAGAGUCACAUGGAAUUUGAAGCUCAAGUAUUCAAAGAUCCGAGUGAAUUCAAUGAUAUAUGAAUACCUAAAUGUGUUGUCUCAAAUGAGUAAAAAAAGAGGUGCAUGCAUGUUGUUUAUUUUUUCCACUUAGCUCAAAAAGAUGGUGUCGAAUUUUGUGCUUGGGGUGGGGAAUGGGACUCACCAACAUGUAUCAUUUAACUAUGGUGCAAGAUGCAAG